CAACAGAUAUAUUUUCUAGCCUCUUAAGCUACCAGGCAGCUAGACAGAUGUAAGCUAGCACAGAUAUAAAUUAGACAAAGAAACCUUGUGAAGAGACAGAGUGAAAAAGAGUUCAAAGUAACGGAGGGUGACAGGAGCGACUGUGACACAAAGCUAUAUGCGUUAUUCGAUACAUACGGAAGUAUGAAAUUGAAAGAGUGGAACAUGAAGAUGGGGCCAUGAAGGAUCCUGUGAUAACUUAGAAAAACUGCAUCUGCGUAGAUUUCAACCAUUCAAGAGUUCUUAAAGGACCAGGGUGAGUGGUACUCCAAAGCCAGUGAUGUCACGGGUUCCCACCCCUCCUCCUCCUGGGGAGAUGUCAAGUGGACCUGUGGCAGAGAGCUGGUGUUACACACAGGUCAAAGUUGUAAAGUUUUCAUACAUGUGGACCAUAAACAACUUUAGUUUUUGCAGAGAAGAAAUGGGUGAGGUGUUGAAGAGCUCAACCUUCUCCUCUGGCCCCAAUGACAAGAUGAAAUGGUGUCUGCGAGUCAAUCCAAAGGGACUUGAUGAUGAAAGCAAAGAUUAUCUGUCAUUGUAUUUACUUCUUGUUAGUUGUCCAAAAAGUGAAGUCAGAGCAAAGUUCAAGUUUUCUUUGUUGAACGCUAAAAGAGAAGAAACAAAAGCGAUGGAAAGCCAAAGAGCGUAUAGAUUUGUCCAAGGUAAAGACUGGGGCUUCAAAAAAUUCAUAAGGAGAGAUUUCCUCCUGGAUGAAGCCAACGGACUCCUACCAGACGACAAGCUCACCCUGUUCUGUGAGGUAAGCGUCGUCCAGGACUCGGUGAACAUCUCGGGCCAGUCCAACAUGAACAUGCUGAAGGUACCCGAGUGUCAGCUGUCCGACGACCUGGGGAACCUGUGGGAGUGUUCGCGCUUCACCGACUGCAGCCUCUAUGUGGGGGGGCAGGAGUUCAAAGCCCACAAAUCCAUCCUCGCAGCGAGGUCACCCGUCUUUAAUGCUAUGUUUGAACAUGAAAUGGAGGAGAGUAAAAAGAACCGGGUCGACAUCAGUGACGUAGACCCUGAUGUCUUUAAGGAAAUGAUGGGCUUCAUUUAUACAGGAAAAGCCCCCAACCUGGAGAAGAUGGCAGACAAUCUGCUGGCCGCUGCAGAUAAAUACGCUCUGGAGCGCUUAAAGGUCAUGUGUGAAGAGGCCUUGUGCAACGGCCUUUCAGUGGAGAAUGUGGCCGACACCCUCAUCCUAGCAGACUUGCACAGUGCCGAGCAGCUCAAAGCACAAGCCAUAGAUUUUAUCAACAGGUGCAGUGUCCUGAGACAGCUGGGCUGUAAAGAUGGAAAGAACUGGAAUAGCAAUCAUGCUACUGAUAUAAUGGAGACUGCGGGCUGGAAGUCAAUGAUCCAAUCCCAUCCUCACUUGGUAGCCGAGGCCUUUCGCGCCCUGGCUUCAGCACAGUGCCCACAGUUUGGUCUUCCCAGGAAGCGCCUAAAACAGUCCUGACUGCCCCCACUGUGCCCCAGGACUUUACUGGAGGUGUGAAGCGUGGGUUCACAGAAGGACGGACUAGUGAGGACGCCACUCUUUGUUUUUGUUUUUUUCCUCCCUUCCACCAAAACUGAACACACUUGAAUAAAGGAAGAGUGGAGCUUUCUGGCCAGCGCCCCGCGGGGGGGGGGGGGGGGG